AUCCCUAGAACAACUUUCUUUUUCCUCUGCUGUGUGUGUGAAUGCAAAAAAUUUAGAGUGCGCAAAUAAAUUAAUUAGAAACACCAGUAGGACUCAAACGUUAAUUAAUUGGCUUGCGGCUGUGACGCGGCGCGCUUCUACACGCCACCCAAUAAUUGCCAAAAAAAGGAAAAGAAACGGGAACACCUACGCGAACGCAAUUAAAAAGUGUGAUUUUGUGUGAGUGUGAAUGCGAGUGUGUGUGUGAGCUGCUGCAGUCGACGUCGCUGCCGCUGUGCAGUAAACAAAUCUCGCAAAAAAAAGAGGAGAAAAUGAAGAAAAUCCUAUCGAAAUUCGAGCGCAAUGAAAACUCGAGACUGGAAAAUUCGCACAACACCAGCUCAUCUUCAUCGAAGGAGACGAAUAGCUUCGUGGGCAAGGUUUUCACAGUGGGACGUGUCACGGUCACUGUCGAGGAUGUCCUGGCCGAAGGUGGCUUCGCCAUGGUCUUUCUGGCACGAGGCAAUGGCGGCGGCGGCUCAUCCUCUGGAAAGUACGCCCUGAAGCGCAUGUACGUGAACAAUGAGCACGAUCUGAAUGUAGCCAAGCGGGAGAUACAGAUUGCUAGCAAUCUCAGUGGCCACAAAAACAUUAUUGGCUAUGUCGACUCGAGCAUUACGCCCACAGGGAACGGUGUGUGCGAGGUGCUGCUCCUGAUGCCAUACUGUAAGCAUCACAUGCUGGCCAUGAUGAAUGCAAGAUUACACGUUGGCUUCACCGAGCCCGAGGUGCUAAACAUCUUCUGUGAUAUUGCCGAGGCUGUCUCUCGUUUGCACUACUGCCAGACGCCCAUUAUACAUCGCGACCUUAAAGUGGAAAACAUUCUCCAAACGGAUGCGGGUAAUUUUGUGCUCUGUGACUUUGGCUCGGCCACAGCCAAGACGCUGAAUCCCCAGCAGCACGGCGUCACUGUGGUCGAGGAGGAGAUCCAAAAGUACACCACACUCUCCUAUCGAGCGCCCGAAAUGAUCGAUCUGUACAGCGGCAAGAGCAUCACCACGAAAGCAGACAUUUGGGCACUGGGCUGUAUGUUGUACAAGCUGUGUUUCUUCUCCCUGCCCUUUGGGGAGAGCACGCUGGCCAUUCAGAAUGGACAGUUUGCCAUACCGGACAGUUCCAAGUACUCGAAGGGCAUGCAUCAGUUGAUCAAAUAUAUGCUGGACACCGACCUGGAGCAUCGCCCGAACAUUUGGCAGGUGUGCGAAGUGGCUUUUCGACUCGCCGGCAAGGAUAAUCCCGUACAGAAUUUGCAUAAAACACCCAUUCCAAAUUUCGAUCAGCUUCUGGUGCCGCCUUUUGAAUCGGAGGCAAAGCGGAUCAGUGCUGCCGCAUCCAAGGCAGCCAAAUCGCAGAAUGUGUCGGUUAUAGAGGCAGGCACAAGCGUGGCUCCACGCUCCAGGCCCAAGGGCUCCAGUUCCGUGCAUGGUGGCAAUGCCUUGGGUCUUGGUCUGCCGCCCAGUCCCUCGCCACGUCUGAACAUAACUUCACCCCAGCCCCAGAACCAGCCUGUUGUGGAGCAGUUUCAGGCAAAUUUCCCAGCCAUGCCGUGCCCAGCAGUUCCUCCUCCUCCACCUGCAGCUGUGGCACCGGCUGAGACAGUUGUGGCAGCAGCUGCAACCAACAAUCUAUUCGAGUCGACUGGCUAUCCGGAUCCGUUUAAUGAACCAGCGCAGGCCCCAGCAGCAGCCCCUGCAGUAACAGCAGCAGCCACUGUUCCAGCCCCCGAGGAGCAACCCAUACCGGAGGAGGUUCAGGUUGUUGUAGCGGCUGCUCAAGAGUCUUUGGUAGUCUCUGGCGGCACACCCACAAAGCAUAUGCUGACGCCACCCAAGCCCAGCGGCGUUGGGGGACAUCGGCGUAAUGUCAGCGAUACAUCGGCAUUCAAUAAAACGUUUGCCAAUGAGACAAGUCAGUUUUUGGCACCAUUCAACAAUAAUCUGGCCAGCAUGGGCGAUGGACCGCAGACCACAUUGGCAAGUGCCACCUCCAAUCCUGGUAUAUUUGCCUCGUCUGCCUCGAUUUCGAUCAGCGAAUUGUCCCGUCAGACAAUGGAUAAGCGUGUGGAGGCCUGGAAUCCGUUUGAGGAAGAGCAACCGUUUAGUCAAAUGACCGAAGAUCAUAUAUUCGAGGCAGAGUUCGACAAGAUACGUCAACGUGGCAGUCAAGGCAGUAUUACAGCCAAGUCGGCUUCGACAACAUCCACACUGACGCCCACAGAGCAGAGUGCAACGGUUCUGCCUGCUCCAGCCACAGCUGCAGCUACAGUCACGGCUUCUGUUUCGCCACAUCCGCCACAAAUGGCUGAGGAUCCGUUUGGUUCGGCGCCAUUUAGCUUGCCACCCGGACUGCGCGAGAAGGCCACCAGUUCGUUGCGCAAAACCGGAGCCAAAUUCAUCAGCUGCUCUUCGGGAGGAGGCGCUGGAGGUGGAGGCGGUGUAUCGUCCAGCAGUCUGACUGGCGGUGCCAAUGCCUCGUCCAAGUGGCUGCUGUCGCCCACCCUCGAGAUGUCCAGCGAGGAGAAGACUUCGCUCAUCAGCAAACUGAAGACCGACUCGGAAUGCGGACUACUGGCGGGCGGUGGUGAUGGUUCCACUAGUUUUGUUAAGCUGCCUCUGGAGGAUCGCAACAAGUACGAGAAACUGAGGAGCAAUGAUCAGCCCACUUCCGAUGAUUCCGACUCUGGAACGGAGUUCUUUCAGCAGGACAGCGACGAGGCUGGCGGCGGAGGAGGCAGCGCCAAGAAGGCGGCCAUCUUCAAGCAAAUGCAGCUGGUGACCAGCAACAUACCAGAGACCAUCCACAAGAUCCAGCAGGUGGCCUACCACAAGGUGGACAAGACCUCCAAUCUGCCCAUCGUAAAGAAGCUGCGCCAGACGACCAAGAAGCCAACAACUGCUGCCCACCAGGCAGCCCAGCAACUCAACAUUAUGGCCGCUGCCGUGGCUGCUCAGGCCCAGGAGGCCAAGGCCGCCGAGGCCAAAGCAGACUCUGAUGGCGAUUCCAUUGGCUCAGCCAGCGACCUGCGGGCCGAGGAUGAUGACCUGUUCGAUGAGAAUCCACGCCAGACACAGACCAAGCUGCGUCGCCCGCUGCCCAUGGAAAUGGAUGGCAUCAGCGAGAGUGUCAAGACAUGCAGCAGCUCGGCCUAUCAUGCCGAAUGUGAGAGCGUGACCACCCAUGAGGAUGAUCGGAGUCGUGUGGUUGUCAAGGUGCGGUUGAGGAAGAAGGAUCGCACGGUGGCGGCCAGUGGGGAUCUUGCGGCUGCUGGCCUGGCCUCCGAGGAGCUCAGUCCCACGUCCAGCGAUCUGUUGCACAAGUUCGGUGAUCGGCCGCUGCUGCUCGACGACGAACUGGACUAUGGCUCUGGCGAAAGCAAGAGCAGCACUGAAUCUCUCAAACAGCAGCAGCAGCAUGAGACACACGAAGACCAAGACUUGGACGUGUUUGCCAUGGCUCCGUUCAAGCUGCCCGUGGGCGUGCCCACCAAGCGGAAGGCCAAGCCGAAGCCCAAACCCAAGCCAAGUGAGCCAGAAAUGUGGACUUCAACGCCAGUCAAGGGUCAUGUCGCUGGUGGGGAGGGCAAUCAGGAAAAUUUUGCCAGCUUUCCAGCACAACUAACGCCCACGCCUGCGCGAGAGACGCAAUUGGAUGAGUUCAAUGAGCCUGUAUUCAAUCCCUUCCAGGAGUCAUCUGGUGUGCUGGAGCAGCCGGAGGAGGAGGAUAGCAAUCAAUGUGAUCUCUUUGGCUUGGAACCAUUCCCACAGGUAAUUCGUAAAUGUGUUGAUGUACCACAACCACCAUCCAUCGAACAGAACCCGUUACCGCUACCGCUAUCGAUCCCGCUACCGGUCCAGAUCCAGCACCAAAACCAGCACCAGAUCCAGCUCCAGCUCCAUCACUUUCCCAGCCACCACCAAAACAACAACAACAAUAAUAAUAAUAAUAUCAUCAAAGUGCCCGCAAAUGCGCCGGCAACAGCCACAAUUUCGGCACCAGCUUCAGCUUCAGCUACAGCUACAGCUUCCGUCUGUGCAGCACCCCAACUGGUGACCAUUAAUCACUCGAUCAUUAUCAAUAAAACCCCAGAGCCGGCACAGCCGUUGAUUAACCACAACAAUAAUCACACGAACAAAUUGAGCGGACCAAGCAGUGUCUAUGUGAAUGUGCCGUCGUCCUACAGCACCAAUACCCAGCCCCAGUCCAUCUCUGUGCUGUCCAUAGCACCUCCAAACGUACCAGCCGUAUUGAUAGCACCUGUUGUACCAGCUCCAGUUUCGGUUUCGUUGCCUGUUCCACACCUAAGACCAUUGCUGCCCAUCGCUGAUAAUGCCUAUGUGCAAAUCUCUCAAGAUCGCUGCUCCGACUUUACGCCCGAUGACGAGGAGGAGCCCGUGGUGUUGCGUGGUGCCGCCGAUAUGGUUGCAGACAUCGCCGACCUCACUGCUCCCAUCGCUGCAGCCAAGCCAAAGAAGGAGAAGUCCCAUCUGGCUGUGAGGGUGCUGCCGGGCAAGCUCACACAAAAGGUCAAGGGACACUCGUACAAGAAGGUCAGCGCCGCUGCACUGGGCUCCACCAGUUCCCUGAGCUCGGGCAGCAAGCAGAAACAUCAACGCCUCCAGUAUCAAUCCCACGACGAUGAUGACGAUGAGGAUCAGGACGAGAAUCGAGCCGCUAGCAGCCGCAAUUUCCAAUCGAACACCAUUCAGAGCUCGGCCAAGACGGGCUUCAGCAACAUGAGCUUCGAGGACUUUCCCUCCGACCAGGAGAUGGAUCGCCUGUCCAAGACCAUUCCCUUCGAGGUGGUGCGCAAUGAGAAAAUGCUGCUGGAGGCUGAGAAGAAGUUCGGGUCGCUCAAGCGGCGCAACAAUCUAUUUUCCUAGGCAAACAAAACUGAGGCAGGGACGGGACCGGGACCUGACCUAUCCCGAUUCUAUCCUUAUCAGCGAGCGAAAGCUAGUGGAAUUUUUUGUCGAGCGAAGAGACCUUAGACUGAGUGUUUCCAAACAAUAUUUGGCAUUUUGCUUUUGCUUUUCUUGGUUCGAUUUUUGCGCUGGUUUAUUUUUCGAUUUUUCGCCGUUUGUUUUCCGUGUGUUCAAUGAAGAAAUAACUGUAUUUUUGGAGCCUAGUAUUUUCGCUGGUAUUUUAAAUGAGAUCUAGACACAAAUGUUGCGAAUGGAUCCAGACAAAUUACAAUACAAUACAAUAUAUAAUAUCUACAUAUAAUUGUUAUUUAGUGGAAAAUGUAAACUAGAAUUAGCCCAGCCCGUUUGUAAUAACCGA